GACGCGCGAGCCUGGGCGGCCCGGAACCGGCCUUGGACCGGCGGCGAAGCCUGAGGCGGCUGGCCCUCCCGCCCAUGGAGCGGCCCCCGGGGCUGCGGCCGGGCGCGGGCGGCCCCUGGGAGAUGCGGGAGCGGCUCGGCACCGGCGGCUUCGGGAACGUCUGUCUGUACCAGCACCGGGAACUUGAUAUCAAAAUAGCAAUUAAGUCUUGUCGCCUAGAGUUAAGUACCAAAAAUAGAGAGCGCUGGUGCCAUGAAAUCCAGAUCAUGAAAAAGUUGAACCAUGCAAAUGUCGUAAAGGCCUGUGAUGUUCCUGAGGAAUUGAAUGUUUUAAUUAAUGACGUGCCUCUUCUAGCAAUGGAGUACUGUUCUGGAGGAGAUCUCCGGAAGCUACUCAACAAACCAGAAAAUUGUUGUGGACUUAAAGAAAGCCAGAUACUUUCUUUACUGUGUGACAUAGGAUCUGGAAUUCGAUAUUUGCAUGAAAACAAAAUAAUACAUCGAGAUCUAAAACCUGAAAAUAUAGUUCUUCAAGAUGUUGGUGGGAAGAUAAUGCAUAAAAUAAUUGAUUUGGGUUAUGCCAAAGAUGUUGAUCAAGGAAGUCUCUGUACAUCUUUUGUGGGAACAUUACAGUAUUUGGCCCCAGAGCUGUUUGAAAAUAAGCCGUACACAGCCACUGUGGAUUAUUGGAGCUUUGGGACCAUGGUGUUUGAGUGUAUUGCCGGAUAUAGACCUUUUUUGCAUCAUCUGCAGCCAUUUACCUGGCAUGAGAAGAUUAAGAAGAAAGAUUCAAAGUGUAUAUUUGCAUGUGAAGAGAUGACUGGAGAAGUUCGGUUUAGUAGCCAUUUACCUCAACCAAACAGCCUUUGUAGUUUAAUAGUAGAACCCAUGGAAAGCUGGCUACAAUUGAUGCUGAAUUGGGACCCACAGCAGAGAGGGGGACCUAUUGAUCCUUCUUUGAAGCAGCCAAGAUGUUUUGUAUUAAUGGAUCACAUUCUCAACUUAAAGAUAGUGCACAUCCUAAAUAUGACUUCUGCAAAAAUCAUUUCCUUUCUGUUACCAUGUGAUGAAAGCUUUCAUUCACUACAGUCUCGUAUUGAGCGUGAAACGGGAAUAAGUACUGGUUCUCAAGAACUUCUGUCAGAGACAGGAAUUUCUCUGGAUCCUCGGAAACCAGCCUCUCAAUGUGUUCUAGAUGGAGUUAGAGGCUGUGAUAGCUACAUGGUUUAUUUGUUUGAUAAAAGUAAGACUGUAUAUGAAGGACCAUUUGCAUCCAGAAGUUUAUCUGAUUGUGUAAAUUAUAUUGUUCAAGACAGCAAGAUACAGCUUCCAAUUAUACAGCUGCGUAAAGUGUGGGCUGAAGCGGUGCACUAUGUUUCUGGGCUAAAAGAAGACUACAGCAGACUCUUUCAGGGACAAAGAGCGGCAAUGUUAAGUCUUCUUAGAUAUAAUGCUAACUUGACAAAAAUGAAGAAUACUUUGAUCUCAGCAUCACAGCAACUCAAAGCUAAAUUGGAGUUUUUUCACAAAAGCAUUCAGCUUGACUUGGAGAGAUAUAGUGAGCAGAUGACUUAUGGGAUAUCUUCAGAAAAAAUGCUAAAAGCAUGGAAAGAAAUGGAGGAAAGGGCCAUUCACUAUGCUGAGGUUGGUGUCAUUGGAUACCUUGAGGAUCAAAUUAUGUCUUUGCACACUGAAAUCAUGGAACUUCAGAAAAGCCCCUAUGGAAGACGCCAAGGAGACUUGAUGGAAUCUCUGGAACAACGUGCCAUUGAUCUCUAUAAGCAGUUAAAGCACAGACCUACAGAUCACUCUUACAGUGAUAGCACGGAGAUGGUGAAGAUCAUUGUGCACACUGUACAGAGUCAGGACCGCGUUCUCAAGGAGCUGUUUGGUCACCUGAGCAAGUUGUUGGGCUGUAAGCAGAAGAUUAUUGAUCUACUCCCCAAGGUGGAAGUGGCCCUCAGUAACAUCAAAGAAGCUGACAACACCAUCAUGUUUAUGCAGGGAAAGAGGCAGAAAGAAAUAUGGCACCUCCUUAAAAUCGCCUGUACACAGAGUUCUGCCCGCUCUCUUGUAGGAUCCAGUUUAGAAGGCACAGUAACCCCUCCAGCAUCAGCAUGGCUGCCACCUAUGUUAGCAGACCGUGAACAUCCUCUGACACGUGUGGUAACUCCUCAAGAUGGAGAGACGUUAGCACAAGUGAUAGAAGAAAAUCUGAACUGUCUUGGCCACUUAAGUACUAUUAUUCGUGAAGCAAAUGAGGAACAAAGCCAUAGUAUGAUGAGUCUUGAUUGGAGUUGGUUAACAGAGUGACCUGAUGUUCACUGUUCUCAAGCCUAUGAACAUUGUCUCUGCACAUACUCAGAAUUCAUCUUUGCUCCCUGAACCUACUCUUCACAUACCAGUCAGUGGAAGAAAUGGCUGUAAAUCAGAGACUACAAAUGACUUUACAAGCACAGUAUCUUGAUUUUCCUUUGUAUAAUGAUUGUGACCUCUGAACAGAUAGAAUUUUAUUACAAAUUGGUGAAUUAUUUUUAACACCACAGCUAUCUAGGGAGAUCAUUAGUGACCUGCUUAUCUUUAAAAUUGAGAAAAUACUACUUGUUUAACUGAUGAAAAAGAAUAUAUAUACGUAUCCCCGAGACAGGGUUUCUCUGUGUAGCUCUGGCUAUCCUGGAACUCACUUUGUAGAUCAGGCUGGCCUCAAACUCAAACAGAGAUCCGCCUGCCUCUGCCUCCUGAGUGCUGAGAUUAAAGGCGUGUGCCAGCACUGCUGGAUCCAGUGCUCAUUUUAAGUAAAAGUUGUCUACUGUGUUUCUGUGGAAGAGACUGCUCACAAGUAAAAUUGUGCUUCCUGAAGACUAACCUACUUCCUUGUGUUGCUCUCAGCAGGUACUCUAGCUGGCAUCAUAAGGAGUUAGACGAAUCCCAUAUUUAACCACACAUGUAAUAGUGUCCUUUUCUUUCAUGAGGGAUUGCACAUGUGUGCUUUGGUAUCAACUGAUCAUAAUGAAUUGUGUUGUGUGCUAUAUGUAUAUGUAUUUAAGGUGUACAUUUAAUAAUAUCAAAGAUGAGCUGCCUGUUAAUUUAUAAUGUAUUUGAAGAUUGUAUGGUUUUGCAUUUGUAAAAAUGGGUCACUUGUUUAAACAAUCUUUUGUGUCUUGUCAUACAAGUUUCAAAAGGUCUGCAUUCAUUCCUUUAUCUGUAAUUAUAAUCUCAAAAUCCAAGAAGUUCUGAAAAAAAGGUUUUCCUAAACUUGAUAACAAAAUUCAUUUGCUUCUGGAUCUAUUUUGACCUGACACUGAGUCUGUUUAUCCCAUUUAGUGUGAAUAUUCAUUUAUUUUGCUGCAUAAAUAUUAAUGUGUUUGAUUAUUGGGGGGAUGCUGCCACAAACUCUUCUGAGGGUUAAUGUAGUACGGUAUAUGCACUGAAUUACCUAUCUGAAAUCUGAAAAUUUCAUAAUUCUGAAACAUCUGGACCUAGGGGUUUCAGAUAAGAUUGUGGAUUUCUGCCUUCUGUUAAAUAAUUUAGAAGGUAUUAUUUUGUUUUUAAAAAUGUGAAAUGCUUUUAUAUUCUAGUUUUUCACUUUGCAUAUUAAAUGAUUUUAAAAUUG